AUAGACACUUGGGGAAGUUCUUCAUCUACUACAUCACAGCGCAGUUGGUGCAAUAAGUACUUCAAGUGUUUCUGAAUUUUUUCACUACAGCUCCAGUGACUUAACCGGUUUGCGUACAGAAUUAACUAUUCAGGUACCUACCGUUCCGCAAGCAUUCGGUGUCUAAGCAGCUCCGUUCUACUGCAAACACCGAGCAGCGGUAGAAUCGUCUGCGCGGGAAAAUCGAAAGGCCCAUUUUCCAUCGGUGCUCGCACGACCGCUCUCAGACUCGCGAUGAGCAAAACCAAGGAGGUGGCGGCCGAGAAAGCCAUCCUGGACUACGUGAAGGCGCAAAAUCGACCGUACAGCUCCAACGACAUCUUCAACAACCUGCAUAAGGAGCACGGCAAGGCCGCCGUGGUGCGCGCCCUCGAACAACUCGCACAGGACAACAAAAUCAAGGAGAAGACCUACGGCAAACAGAAGAUCUACUUCGCCGACCAGGACGAAUUCCCGGACGUCGCCGAGGCCGAGCUGGCCGCCAUGGACCAAGAAACGAACGCGCUGGGCGAGAGACUCCAAGAGGCGUCGCGACAACUGCAGGCUCGCGAGUCCCUGCUGAGCUCGCUGAGCAACAGUUUGACGACGGAGCAGGUGGCCGAGAAGAUAAAGCAGAUGACGGAGGAGAGGGACAAGUUAGUUGCUAGGUUGGAGAAGCUCACCUCUAACACCAGCUUCGUGGAGCCCAAGGUCAGGGACAAGAUCUACAAGGACAAGGAGACGGCUGUGAAGGAGUGGCGAAGGAGGAAACGGAUGGCAAACGACAUGCUGGACGCCAUCCUCGAAGGUUACCCCAAGGGCAAGAAGGCUCUCCUUGAAGAGGCUGGUGUUGAGACCGACGAGGAUGCCAAAGUUGUGAUGCCCAAGUAGCCUCGCAGAAACGAACAAGCCCAUGUGUACAUUGCCGUAAGCACCGGUGGUUGUAGCGUUGUAUAUACAUAUAAACACUGAAAGUCGUCAGAGUGCGAGAAAAGCCGUCCUCCAAGUAACCGGCGUAGGAAGCCGAUGAAGACCCUAAACCACUGUUGAGAGACUAGUUGGUGACAGUUUAAGAACUCUGGAGAUGCUCGCUGCCUUCCACUGGGCUUUGGCUGUGCAUGCAACAAAGUGUUAACAAGAGCUCGCACUCAAGGCGAAACGUCUACUAGAUUCUUAACUUGCCACAGACUAGUAGUUACUUUUAAGUCAAACAA